UGCAAUUUGUGUUUGACGUUUCGAAAAUACAGCUAUCGUUCUUGAAACAAAGUCAUCUAAUAUUUCCCUAGUGAAUUAAUUUUAUCAAAAAAUGGAAGAAAUAGGCAUUAUAAUUGCAGAGAAAGAUGAGCAAAUCACUGAUGCGAAAGGCGCUUCAAUCGCGGGCCCCCAAUCUUUUGAAGAAUUGGAAUCCGAAGAUCUGUAUACCAAAUACAAAAAACUUCAACGCAUGCUAGAGUUUCUUGAAGUACAAGAAGAGUACAUCAAAGAUGAACAAAGGAAUUUGAAAAAGGAAUAUCUGCAUGCCCAGGAAGAGGUGAAAAGAAUCCAAUCAGUCCCACUUGUUAUUGGACAGUUCCUAGAGGCUGUUGAUCAAAACACUGGCAUCGUUGGCAGCACCACAGGAUCAAACUACUAUGUACGCAUUCUAUCAACAAUCGACAGAGAGCUGCUGAAACCAUCUGCAUCAGUAGCUCUUCAUAAGCACUCCAAUGCCCUUGUUGAUGUAUUGCCUCCAGAAGCUGACAGUUCCAUCUCUAUGUUGCAAGCUGAUGAGAAACCUGAUGUUCAGUACUCGGAUAUCGGAGGCAUGGAUACUCAGAAACAGGAGAUCAGGGAGGCUGUAGAGCUGCCGUUGACACAUGUGGAGCUGUAUCGCCAAAUUGGUAUUGAACCUCCUCGAGGUGUGCUCAUGUACGGACCACCGGGGUGCGGCAAAACUAUGCUCGCUAAGGCUGUCGCUCAUCAUACUACAGCGGCCUUUAUCCGUGUCGUCGGCUCAGAGUUUGUACAGAAGUACUUAGGUGAGGGACCCAGGAUGGUGAGAGAUGUCUUCCGUCUGGCUAAAGAGAACAGUCCUGCCAUCAUCUUCAUUGAUGAAAUUGAUGCUAUUGCAACCAAACGGUUUGAUGCUCAAACUGGUGCUGACAGAGAGGUUCAGAGAAUUUUGUUGGAGCUUCUCAACCAGAUGGAUGGAUUUGAUCAAACCACCAAUGUCAAAGUUAUAAUGGCAACAAAUCGUGCCGACACAUUGGACCCCGCCCUGCUCAGACCCGGCCGCCUCGACAGAAAAAUUGAGUUCCCCCUUCCUGACAGACGUCAGAAGCGUCUGAUCUUCUCGACGAUCACGGCCAAGAUGAACCUGUCAGAGGAGGUUGACCUCGAGGAGUUCGUGGCGCGACCGGACCGCGUCUCCGGCGCAGACAUCAACGCCAUCUGCCAGGAGGCCGGCAUGCACGCUGUGAGAGAGAACAGGUAUAUUGUUCUUCCUAAGGACUUUGAGAAGGGUUACAAGAAUAAUAUCAAGAAGGACGAAAGUGAAUACGAGUUCUACAAGUAAAUCUUAUAGUAUUGUAAUGCAAAUCUUAAUAAUAAUAAAACUGAUUACUUAACUUUUA